AUGAAGAUCGUUGUGAGUAAGCAAGAGUUAGAGAAGCUGCUCCAAGGAUGGUCAUUCCAUGAAAUGGUCUACCAGACUCUUGAGAAACAAACUUUGCUUUCUGAUGAUGAUAAUCUUCAAUAUGCAAGAUUACUUAGAGAAGGUGUAGCCGAUCAUACUGGUGAAAGAACCAGCAACACUGAUGGUGAUGACAAUAAGAACGUGAGUGUUAUGAUAAUGAAAAUCGUUUUGAGUAAGCAAGAGUUAGAGAAGUUGCUCCAAGGAGGGUCGUUCCAUGAAAUGGUGUACCAGACUCUUGGGAAACAAACUUUGCUUUCUGAUGAUAAUAAUCUUCAAUGUAAUACAGGUUAG